UAAUAUUAAUUUACAUUUUUUACAGCUUGACCUACCUACCUGCCUAUCUGUGAUUUACUUGCCUUCAAUUGCGAACAAUAAAAAACAAUUUUUUUCAAAGCCAACCAUUAAUUUUUUACAGCUUGACUUAUCUGUGAUUCAACUGCGAUAAUAAGAAACGGCUUUUCUCAAAGCCAACCAUUAAUUCUAAUUUAUAUUUUAUAUAUCUAUUGUUUGUUAAUUACUUUAUUGAGUUUGUUUUAGCAUAGACCUUCAGAAAUGGCAUUGAGAGACCAUGAUUAUGUUAUUCGUGCUAAUCAUGAAGUUGAAGUUGUUGUUCAUGACCACAACUAUGAUCAUGGCAUGCCCUUUGUCGAGAUAGGGCCCCAGCAAGUGGAAGAAGUUGAAAUACCGCUAGAAGAAGAUGAAGAACCUGUGGAAGUAGAUGAAGAGCCUGUGGAAGUAUAUGGAGAGCCUGUGGAAGUAGACGGAGAGCCUGUGGAAGUAGAUGGAGAGCCUAUAGAAGUAGAUGGAAAACCCGUAGAAGAAGAUAGUGAACCCAUAGAAGAAGAUGGAGAACCCGUAGAAGAAGAUGAAGAACCUCCCAUUGCAGAUAUUGUAGUUAAUGAAGUACCACAAACUUACACAACACUUCCUGGAAUUCGGCRAAAUUCAACAAUUUAUGUAGACAAUUUGAAAUAUAAAUAUUACAAACGUGAGUUCCUGGUCAACACCAUAUCACUAGUGUGUGAAAGGCAAAAAAAUCGUAGACAUCCAAUAUGUUUUGGUACAGCAUCAGUAAGUAGGAAUAUUAUGGACAACAGAAUUGUCCUCCUUAACCCUCACAAUCACCAGCCCAGUGAUAUAGACUUAAAUGUACCAUACUUGAGAGAAGCAAUUAGUAAUAAGGGACUAAACCGAACAAAUACAACAGCAUCUGUUAGAAYUAUUUAUAACAAUGAAAUCAUCCAACAUGCCGAAGYUGCUCGCAAUUAUACUCAUCUACAAGCUGUUAGAAGAGUAGCUGCGAUGAGAAGUUUGGAAYGACCAACAAUACCACUAGACCUACAUGAACUUGCUGAAAUAUUGAACAAUCCACAAUAUUCUGUUUACCCUCAAACUGUGCAAGUACCACCUUCAAGAUUUYUUCAGCAGGAAGUAGUCAUCAAUGGAAGAAGCGUAGGAAUUGUAUUUGCAAAUAGGGUUGCAAUAGAACUUUACGGAGCAGAUUUGAACAAAGUGACUAUGGUUGGAAUUUAUGAGACAUUUAAAAACUGUACCAAGUUGUCCAAGUGACUUGAAAUGUCUCCUAACCUUUCAAGUGGUAUUCAAUAGUGUUGCAUUCCCUAUGGUUUAUGUUCUUUUGGGAAGUAUGACAGAAGAGACAUAUUGUGUUGUACUUAUGGUUAUCAGACAAAUAUUACCCUUGGA